GCGGCUCUGGAGGUUCCUCACUCAGACAUUUCUCAUUCCUGGGCAUGGCAAUGUCAUAUAUCCUUUUCCUAACUAGACUCAUAACUGAAGUUACAAGCAAAUCCACUGAAAGUUUGGUUUCACAGCCAGAAUGCUGUAUGGAUGUAUUGGAUGCUAACAGCACCUGCCCAGUCACUAACCAGUGCAGUCCAGGUUGUUACAGAGAGUGGAAUGAGGAUGGGAGUAGCAGUUGCAUUAAAUGCAAGAAUGAAACCACUUCUGUUGCGUCAACUUACAAUCUGACCGAUUGUAGAAAUACUGGUACCAGAGGAAUGAAUUUUCAAAUGAAUAUAAGUACCGUAACCCCCUUUCUACAGAAUAUAGGGGGCCCAGAAGUGGCAGCCUCUCUCAUUUUAGGGACAUUCUUCAUCAGCUUAUUCCUGAUACUGUCUGUGGCUUCAUUCUUCUACCUCAAACGUGCCAAUAAACUUCCAAAUAUGUUCUACAGAAGAAAUAAAGCAUCAGUUCUGCAGCCCAGUGAAACAGCAUCAAUGAUACCUCCACCUACUUCUUCAGUUCGAAAGCCACGCUACGUCAGACGAGAGCGAUCGUUAGUGAUGUCUGCAUCCACCGCUAUGAUCCCUUCUGCAGAAACCAGGGUCAGCAAUGUUUAGCCUUCAAAACUUACCUGAGGACUUAGUAAAUAUGCACAGUGUUGGCGAAACUUUCUGUAGCCACUGGAAUGCCAGGAAAAUGUCAGGAGCCGCUAACCGAAAAACAAGCCGAGCCACUGUGUCAAAUGGGUUUGUGCCAAACGUGGACAGAGGAGUUGAACUAAUGCAAACAUGAUGACUAUAGGAUAUAUCCAGUUCUGUGAACUGCUUUGAUGGGCUUGAAAAGCCCUUUUCCAGCUCUGUGGUUUCAUUUGUCUCCUAACAGAAGCUAUGUUAAAAUCUGCAAAGAAUCUGCCUUUUUUGGAACACUUUCAGCUUUGGCAAGAUCCUUUUUCCUUCAUUGUGGUCAGCUGUCUGGCUGUGGAGGAGAAGCCCUCAGUGCAGCACGUCAACACGGAGUUUUGGAGGUGGGCUUGUUUAAAGGACACGUUUGUAAAUGUUAACUCUAAGUGCCAUGGCUUUAAUGCUGCAGGAAAAUACAAAUGUAUUUUACAUGAAGUAUCUCAAUGCAAAAAUUGAUGCCUUCAGAAGCAUCUUCUUCAGCUUCUUAGUCAUAGAGGACCAUGGUUUUUAACUGUAGGUUUAGACCCACCUGUCUCCAGAUAUUGUCAUCCUAAGUGCUGCUGAAGUCUGUGGUCAGUAUGGGUCUGAUCCAAAGCCCAUGAAGUUGAUGGAAGUUUCUCCAGUGAAUUUCAUGGAUGUUUAGAUCAGGCCCUACGUGAGGAUCCAUUUGCUGUGGCUUUGUGGUUGAUAAGCUGCUAUUUCUGCCCCACUGAGACACCCAGCCUUCCCUCAUUCCAGCGUUUCAUGAGGGUGGCUGUUGCGGUCUAAAGGAAGGCACACUCUCUAAGCUAGGUUGAGCCACCCUGAGCACUUACACACAUUGAUUUCAACUGGAGUUGUCAUGGGAAUUCUCACCAACACAAGUAAGGGUUUCCCCAAUCUAAUCCUCCAUGCACAUAAGGCCUACAGAUCAGCACCUUAGCCUUUGAGUUCCCCCACACACCACCUGCCUUUGUUUAAACCUCACUAUCACAAUGGAUUCUUUAGAGGAAAUGACUCAUGGUGGAUUUUUGUCACCAGCCAGUGGUAGCCAUCAUGAUUUCAAGAACACAACAAUUGAUUCUUAUCUUUAAAAAUGCUAAAGUAGCUGUCUCUGGCCAAUGUGACACCACUGUGGAGAGUGUAAACCUCAUGAUUCAGAUAUCCUCUCUGCCUCCGGCCAGAGGCUUGUUCAAAGCUAUAGAGUAAGGUUUGGGAUGGGGGCAGGGAGGAGCUACUAGUCUUUUUUAUUGGAUAUCUAUUUUAUGCACAUUUUAAUGCAGUGUAAACUGUUUGCAUUUCUUUCCUGAGAAUGGAAGAAUGGAGAAUUUUGCAGCUUUCCUCCAGUGAGGUCAAAGACAGUGGGGCUAAAGAGGAAACUAUGAAGGAGCAGGGCCUGCUAGCCACACACAUUGA